UGCGCUCGUCUGAUUGGAUUGAAGACGCUAGACGGUUGCUUGACGGCACGGCAUUUGAUUGGAUUCCAAUCACCCCUGAAAUUCGGUGCGCCAACAGAACCGAUUUGUUUCAAAGGCCACAGGUUCAAACGUUCAUGUCUUCCUGCAGUACACAAGAUACAAGUCUCUGUCGCGGCCCAACAUAUUUCUAUCGUAGUCCUGGUCAAAUCCCGUGCUAAACCAGCCUGCUCGUACGUUCUGUUGACUAUCUGAACAACACCACUCUAUCAUCAACCCUUCUCGUCUGGCAUGUCGCCGACUAAUUUUGUUAUUCAAUCGAUGCAGGGGGAUCCCUACUCCAGACCGUCCCGGCGAGUUUCGCGUUCGCAUUCCUAUGAUCAACCUCCUUCAAACAGCCACACCAUUGUGUCACGACGCCAAGGCUCUUCAUCCUUCUCCAUCCAUGCUCGCUUACCCUCGGAUGCAUCACGUACAUCGCGGUUGUCUGACUACCCUGUCUCUUCAGUACCGACUCUCUCUCCUACAUCGACUUACAGCACGUUGUCUUGGUCUGGAAGCUCUCACACCCAAGAACCACUAUCACCCAUAACUCCCGAACUCUUUUACUCGCCGUCGCCCACUAUCACAUCUCCUGAGGUGACGCCUAUAACCGCGUUUCUUUCCGAAUUCUAUGAGCCAGAUUCAAAGUCGGGCAGCGGCACCCAUACGUUGAUCCGCUUAUCUCGAGACGAUCCUCAACGACUUGAUCUCUUCGGAGAGAAAGACGGAAAGGGUAUGAGAAACGCAAUGCUCACAGAAUCUCCAGCUAGUUGCGUGGCUGAUGAGGCCAGUCCGCCUCUUCCAGAUGAAAUACACCUGACAGAGACUCCAACACCAAUAUCAUUGAGCGCGGCAAGCUGUGCGCCAUUGAAGCAUGGUUCAGAGCAUACGCCUGACGUUCGCAAGUCUCGUCGUUUUGGUCGCGACUUUGGAGAGCCUAGUCGGUCAAAGGAGCUCAUUUAUGACGAAUUUCCCACAUAUCUUGCAAAGGACUUGCCGGUGACACGUUUGUCCUCCUCUCCCCCAUCUCCGCUGAGUCACGACCUCCUACCCCCACCUUCACGUUCAGAAGUCUGCAACCUUUUCUCAGAGGACGAAACUACUGCUGUUAGGGAAUUUCUAAGGGCGUGGGGUUCGAACAAGAGGGUGAAGGAGUCUCCAUCGAAACUGCAGAUGGAUGAAGAUGAAGCCCCAGGCGCCCAGAGCGAUGAUGAUUACUCAUGGGAGGCGGCAGAAGAAGCUGAGGACGGUGUUGGAGAUUCCGCGUCUUGCAGUAUGCUUCUUCACGAAGUUAGCCAGAUGGUGGGCAUCCCGUUUGAAAGAUCGACGGUGGAAGGCCAGUCCUCGAUCGCAUCCACACCUCCUGGGCCCGAUACGCUGGGUCAUUUGAUCCAGGAUAGUCAUGAAAGCUCACAAAUCCUGGUUCUACCUUCGUCUUAUCAGUCUGCUGCGCUCGUCAGGAGUCCCAGUGUUCUCCCAGACGAUGCCAAUGUGUACGACGGGGCUCCGUCAGAUUCCUGUCAGCGUGUAGAUCAGCCUCUUGACGUCGUACCUCAACAUUCAGUAACCUCCGGUUCAGUCAUGGGAAGCAAUGCUUCCAUACGUGAAGAUCAGGUUGAUGCGGUCGCUGCCAUGUCGAUGGAUGUGCCUGUCAUCUUAGCAACUACUUCAAAUGAAGCCUAUUCAGUGGAUCCCUGCGAUUUGGUUCUGCACCGACAGCUAAGUCUUCGCAGGGCCAGAUCUACCGAUAGCAACCUGAGGCGCCGCGGACAGAUCUUCAAUGUGGAGAAACAAGUCAUGCAUGCUGCGUCUGGUGGCGCAGUUGAUUUAUACACGUCCUAUGUACCCACGAGAGAUCCGCCGCCGCUUCCACCUCUGCCAGCUCCCUCGGUGAGACCUGUCUCGGCACUCGACAGGCUUGAGACUAGCCUGUCAAGGCUCAAGGCGCACAAUUCGCAUCAGCGGAAGUCCAGUGAGGUAGCAAAAGCUAACACACCUUCGGAAGACAGAAGACCCUCUCCAUUCACUACCCGACGAGAGCGCAAGCACCAGUCCAACGUCACCGCUCGUCUUCCGGACUCUCGAUCUGGACACGGACGCCACUUCUCAAGCCCCAUGACCGACCUGGCACCGCAUCAGGAUCGUCGUAAGGCGCCCCAGGCUGAAACUGGUCCCGUCAGUGCGCGCCUACAGGAGCGCGCUGCCAAGUUAUUUCCGUACCCGCAGAACCAAGAGUCGACUAUAAGAUCUUUCAUGGAGAUGGAUGUGGUGCCUCCCCCGCCCCCUGCCCCUCGUCGGACAUCGAGAUUAGGGAGAGUCGCUGCUAGAUUGAGCCAGGGUAUAACGAAUUGGGGAAGGAAUAUCACUGGAUCUAGAUGCGUCAAGGAAUCUUCGUAGGGCUCGGUGUUAAACUGGUACGCAGCCAAUGUGUUGUGUAUUAUCUUGAUUUGUACUACAUCGUAUCGCAAGAUCUGGUAGCUAUAUAUCGAUAUCGUUUUUUGUAACGUUCAUGACUAAAUCACAAUUCUACCAGCUUUUCGCGGCCACCCGCUAUUGGAAUUUGAUGUUCAAAAAAGUUCCCCCCACACCCAUCCUCCUUCUGGAUGCAAAGCAGCGACAACAUAUGAUGUCUUCGAUGAAGUGGAAUAUUGCAACAAAUUACAAUGACCUGUGUGCCGAAUCCCGACGGACGUGAUUAGUUUCAUGGUCUGCUAGUAUUGGGUGUCCGGGAGGCGCACGCUAGUAUAAUAUUGCCCCGUCAACUGUCAUUAUCGCAUC